AUGCAAAACACUUCAAUGGAGUCUUAUUCAUGGACAUAUCCAUAUAUAAAAUGUCUCAACAAUGUGCCGAGCUCAACCAGUGGAUUUAGUAGUGCCAACACUAAUCUGACUUGUGUAGUUGAUUGUUCAACUGAUGGUGGUUAUUCUAAUGCUCCAAUUGAUAUUCUCACCGAUUGUACAUCAGCUAGUUCGUCGAUGAACAUGUUGACAAGUGAACGAUCAAAAAAUAUUAGUCUAUCUGCUGAUGCACAUUUUUAUCUAGCUUAUAGAGGGAAUGCUUGGGUAGCAUUAAAUUAUCCUACUCAACAGGGUCUUGACUGGUCUAUUGUAACACACAUUGAUCUUCGUAAACGAUCAGAUGGUUUCAUUAAUACUCCACCUGUUGCCAAAGUUGUUUCUCCACAAUAUGUAAUUGUCAAUAGGACAGUACAAAUAAAUAUACCUGUUUCGGAUGCCAAUGUUGAUGAUGAUGUUGAAGAUUUUAUUGAUACAACAAGUAUGACACCAAUGAGUUCCGUACCUGUUCAAUUUUUGAUUUAUGUUCAAUCACAACCAGCUUGUUCAAUAGAACCUAUUAUUUUUCCUCUAGAUCGUUGUUUAGAAGUACAAGUUGGUGUCUCAAUCAGCUUUAAUCUAUCUGCAAUGAAUUUAUGUAAUGCGAGUGUGGCUACACUUACUGGUAUCAUUGUUUCAAGUGGAAUUACUGGUAUGAAUCGUGGUAAUCUCACACGUUCAUCAACAAAUUCAUCGAUCUACUAUGUCCUGUUCACUUGGACGCCACAGACGAAUCAAGUUGGAUUGCAGGAAUUAUGUACAAUUGCAUAUACAAGGUAAAAUUUUUCUUGACCAGAUUUUCAUGACUAUAACCUAGAAAGAAUUCUUAAUGUUUCCGUUGUAGAUCAUUAACAGAUUCAAUAAGAAUUCUUCAAGGAUUUGCUUUUUUUUCCAGAGAAAACAAUUAAAUCCUGAACGAAUAUGAAUAGUUUUUACGAAAAGAUACACUACUUACUAAAAAUAGAUAUUUAAUGAGAAAAUAUUGUAGCAACUGAAUUGAAAUUAAUAUCAUAAUUUAAUAAUUUUUCAAAUUCUCUUUCAGAAUAAAAACACAAAAAAAAAAGACUUUUGUAGAACCAAUCUUAGACUAAUUUCAAUAAUCAUUUACAAAAGUUCUACAAAAAAAAACAAGGCUUUAUAAGAUUUUGGCAAAAUCUUUGUAUUUGUUUAUACUGAGCUCCAAAUCAUGAUCAGGAAAAAGUUCUGGUGUUCUAGUGAAAACCUAUGAUGUUUCGGCACUAGAUCCUUGACGGAUUCUAAAAAAUUCCUACAAAGAUUCACAUUUUUUUUGUCUCAAUAACCUAUGCAAUCGUGCAGAAAGCAUGUAACCAAGGAAUUUCAAGAUACUAGCAGAUUUUGAAACAGGAUUUCGUCGAGGUUCUGAGCAUUUUAUCAUUAGAUUUAAAAUCGGGAAUCAUUUUAGGAAAUCCAAAGUCUCGUAAGACAUAUAAAAUCAGAAAAUGUCAAAGAUUUUGAGAAAAAUAGAUGUUGGGAUGGAAUCAUGUUAUUUUAAUCCAUACCUUCACGCUACUUUUGUAUUCUUGUUAAGAUCCUCCUCUCUGAUUUAGCUAGUAUUCUUGAUUGAAUUCUCGUUCCAGAUUCAAGAACAGAUCCUGACUAAAUCUUGAUAAAGUCUUCAUAGC